AAUUACUUGAUUUUCAUUAUCAAAAGUGUUUGUUUUAGUUCAAUUUUCACUCACAGAUACAACAACUGCAAGAAUGAGUCUUGUUUUCGUCUCAGAGACCAAAAAGCGACAAUCCAUGACUUGGASUGAAGAGCACGACAAACUGUUGUGCAGAGAAAUCCUAUUUAUUGACCCAUUCACUGGGACAAAGAAGGGAACGCCAGCCAGGGGACAGAAAUGGCGAGAGGUGGCAGAUAAUCUGCUAGCCGUCGAUAGACCAAGUUUUACUUUCAAACAAUUCAAGUCUGUAAGAGACCGAUACAACCUCCUUGCAGAUAAGUUGAGAGCAAAGUUAAAGAGAGAGAAGAGGGAGUCAGGAGUGGAUACAGAAAUGUCUGAAGUUGAGACUGCAGUGGAAGAGCUAAUUGAACUUGAGGAUGCAUCAGAUGCUGAAAGUGCACUAAGUGUAGCACAGAGAAGACAAAUAAAUGAAGAUAAGGUAGYGGCAGUUGGUUGUAGAAAGCAAGCAAUGGAGCGUUUAGCAGAGACCUCAAAGAGAAAAACAGAUGAGGAUGGAGAAGUACAAACUGGAAUUAAGAAGAAGGCAAGAAGAUCAAAUGGUAGUGAUACUCUGGUAUACUUAAGAGAAAAAAAUGAAGUUAUGACAGAGCAAAGGAAAGAGGAUUUAGAAUUAAAACAAAAGGAGCUGGAAUUGCAAUCAAAGAAGCAUGAUGACUUCAUGAAGCUUAUGAUGUUACAACAACAACAACAAGCUAAACAACAACAAGACUUCCAGGCCAUGAUGCUCUCUGUGAUGUCCAAAUUUGCUCCAAAAUAGUAAAAAGUUCUACAAUUWKAACACUUCCAAGACACCUUUUGUACUAUUUAUUGUAUUUAUUGUGAGCAUAUUUUUU